AUGGGCGAUCAUACGAAUGAUCAACUAUCCAAGAAUAUCAUUUACCAAGAUCAUCGAUCAUCGCGCAUCGAAUUUUCUCCUUCAUCUAAAGCAGUCAGAGCAGUGCAAUUGAAUGCAAAACUUUUGUCGCCUCUCGAAAUGCAUGCGUUACGACAGCGAGAAUACUCUGUUGUGGGCUUUGCCUGGCCUUCACAGGAAGAUGCAAUUACGUCUGACAUCACAAGAUCUCUGUCACAGCAGGAUGGUUUUGCGGAGUAUGCAAUUAUGGUUGACGUAGAUGAUGUGCCAAUCAAGAAAUAUAUGGGCUACUAG